UCUCCCUUAUUCUACCACUUCAUUAAGUGCUUUGUAUUCAGCACACUCUACCCCUGCUGCUCUUAUUGGGGUCCAACCCCUGGUACCUACCUCUGAUUCGCCAAACCUACCUCCGAUUCAAGCCCUUGUUAAUCCUCCUUUCCAUCCACCACUAUCUGUGCCUAUAAAUCUAAGACCUAACAAUGCAACCGAAAAUCGGCAGCAAGAAACUCUUCAGGCUUUAUUAGCUUUGGCCACUAGUCUAAAUCCUCUCAGUGGUAAAAAAGAAUUAGGAGAAGAGAAAUUGGAAAAGAAAACUUUAGAACAACUGAUAGGAUACUCCGAAAUAGAUGAAAACGAAACCCACAAUUGCUUACCUGUACCUAGCCCUCCUGAUACCCUAAUUUCAGAUUCCCCCAUUGAUGUAUCUUAUUCCAAUUCACCCCUCCUACCUCUAUCCCCUAAAAAUAAAGACAAUAAUAUUCUUUCUGUAAACAUGUUGGCAUCUCAUACAAGUGAAAAAAACAAACCCUCUAAGGUUGCAUAUUGUUAUAACAAAGCUGAAAACGCUUAUAUUAAGGAAGAAACUGUCAAGCCUGACCCCUGUGAAAGUAUUACAAAUGCCUCUGCCACUGAAUCCUCUGUUAGUGAUCUUUUUUACUAUUACUAUGAAGACAGCCAGGAUCUCUACCAGAUCAGAAGAUUAGAAUCUAGACAACACUUCUGGCUUCAGCAAUUUCUAGAUAAUAACCUAGACCUUUUACCUGAGAGAAAGAGCCACUAG